UUGUCGACAUAUCCAAGCAGUUAAUUUCUCUUGUAGAGAGUUCUGCUCCCGAUCCAUACACGGCCAACAUGACCGUGGCGAAACCUCUGGUGAAGCUAGAUCGUUCACUGCAGACGCUGUGUUCGAUAAAUAGGCGCCUUAGAACAGUCUUCGUCCACGACCUAUACAAGAAGGUCACAUUCAAUUUGAAGCGCAAUAAACUUCAAGCGCAAUCCGCUGGUGUGUUCCAGUUCUUGCAGGAUGUGGAGACCUUUGGUAUCUCACGGUUCAUUAGAACGGUCCAAAUCAACGAUGUAUAUAAGGACAUGACACUCACCGGGCAAGGGAUAGACACCAGUCUCCACCUAGACUCACCGACGGCGAAGAUAUCUACGCGGAAAAAGGCGCCUCUAUUCACGAUUCUGCAGCGCAUUCUCUCCUGCGCCUCCGACCUGACCACUCUAGACGUUUCUCAAAUGAC